AACGAAUGAUUGCUCAUAACCGUAUUCCUUUAAAUUUAGUUUCAACUUUGUUUACUUUUCAUUCCCUCAUAUAAUUUCCCGGGAAAUUUUAAAACUAUUCAUGGAAAGGUGCACCUAAUUUUUAAAAGUAUCCUUAUAUUAUAAAAUGUCGUCUAUCAAAGUAAAAUUUGUAUCCAGGAAAAUCAAUAAGGUUCGCUGGGUUCCCAAAAGUACUACUAAAUUCAUUACUGGAUCUUACAAUGAUGAUGACAAUAAUCUUAGUGUGUGGAAGUUCCCAUCCUCUCAAACUGAAAAUGGGGACAUUGAUAAUUGCUUUGAGGAUUUUGAACCUGUGACUGUGUGUACUAAACCUUUUUCUGGAGAUGUCACUGAUUUAAAGGUUUUUUCUGAAGAUUUCAUCUUUGCAUCAUCUUCGAGAGGAUCCAUCUGUGCAUUUAAGCUAUCUGAUGAUCAGCUUGAGACCCUGCACACUUGGGAAAAUGCUCAUUCAUUUUGUGGCGGGACCGCCUCUACUACUGGCAUAUCUGUUAAAGGAGACAACCUUGCAAGCGUCGGAGAAGAUGGAAGAUUGUGCAUUUUUAACAUCAAUACCAAACAAAAUAUCAAGGAAAUUGGUACUGUUUUAUAAUUUUGAAUUCAUGAU